CAACCGACACACAGUGGCUGGCGUGAACGAAAACGGGGGACUGCUUAGACAAGAACCGGCUGGGCUGUCGACUGGCACUCAACAUGCAACAAUUUAAAUGUUGAGCGUGGCUCGGAAAAUAUCCGUGUUUACCGUCCGAACCGGCGACAGUUGACGGUGAGCGGUUUGAAAGCCAGCGGGGCGGUUAGCGGGUUCACAGCGGAGAGGAAGCGGAGUGUCGGCUGCUCUUGAGAGCCAUGAGAGAGUACAAAGUAGUGGUUCUGGGGUCCGGGGGCGUCGGGAAGUCCGCAAUAACAGUCCAGUUUGUGACGGGAUCUUUCAUAGAGAAAUACGACCCAACGAUAGAGGAUUUCUACAGGAAGGAGAUCGAGGUGGACUCGUCUCCGUCCGUGCUGGAGAUCCUGGACACGGCGGGGACCGAGCAGUUCGCCUCCAUGCGGGACCUGUACAUCAAGAACGGCCAGGGCUUCAUCCUGGUCUACAGCCUGGUGAACCAGCAGAGCUUCCAGGACAUCAAGCCGAUGCGAGACCAGAUCAUCCGGGUCAAACGGUACGAGCGGGUGCCGAUGAUUCUGGUCGGAAACAAAGUGGACCUGGAGGGGGAGAGGGAGGUGUCGUCCGGGGAGGGGAAGGCGCUGGCGGACGAGUGGAGCUGCCCGUUCAUGGAAACUUCAGCCAAAAAUAAAAGCUCUGUGGACGAACUGUUCGCAGAGAUAGUCCGACAGAUGAACUAUGCCUCCACACCAAACGGCGACGACCAGUGCUGCUCAUCCUGUGUGGUUCUUUAAAAGACAAUCAUGGAGUUGUGUCCUCUGCUCAGUUUGGAAGUUUGCAAUGCAACCGAGACCGUGGAGGGGUUUCACUCUUCAGGAAUUCUCCUGGGUUGGAGUAUCUUUUGCACGAUCAGUGUCCACCAUCGAUGUCCGCGCUGACUUCCAGACACCCCCGCCCGCCCCCCGCAGUCCUAAACCACCCCACAACGGACAAGAAACGGAGAGUGACACUCAGCGGAACUCAUAAAUGGAUGUUUCUGUAUAAGAAGAAGGCAGGGAAAUAGAAUUUAUUUUGUUAAAUAACUGCACAGACUGGAGGGUGAAGAUUUGGGGCGAUGCUCCACAACACUCCAAUAACCCCCCCCCCCCCUCCCCUCCUAAAGGUUAGAAGAUAUCACAUAUCUGAUGGUGGAGUCAAGUGAUGAGUGCCACUUUUUUUUUUUUUUCCUUCUUCACCUCCUCUGGUGUGAGAGGACCUGAAGCGAUGGGACGCUGACCUGAUCACCCCGGUGUCGAGUGCCUUUCCAAAACAAAUCAGCUCUUCAGAUUUUGUGCCAACCUACACGUGUCACCAAAACAACCCUUCAACAUGG